GAUACAACCACGCAUCAUGAACUCGACACGAAAGCAGAGAUCCACGCCCCCACGCAAAAAGUCGUGUCUGCAGUGCGCCAAGUCCAAGGUCCGCUGCGGCCUUGAGCGACCAUGCUGCGCUCGGUGCGUCGCGGCGAACCGCCAGUGCAGAUACGCAACGCCGGCAGAGAACCCUUCGUCGCCAGUUGCCUCUCGACACAGCGUGCCGCCGAUUGAAAGUAUUGCGACGCCUACGUCUUUGUCAGCAGCUUUUACAGAUCCCACGGACGCAAUUCUCGUUGGAACGACUGCCAGCGGCCAUCCAACGCCACUGCCGCUACCAACACAACUUCGGACGACUGCAGAUCGCCCAGGUGUUUCUCUAGACUUUUCUAACUUGGAUCUUGUUCCUCUUGCCGAUGCCGACCAGAUACGAGACCGAUGGCUGUGGCCUUUUUUGGCUGUCGGAGAGCAAGUCCCCAAGGCUUUCCAUCCGUAUACGUUGCAGUACAUUAGCUGCGUGCUUCGGACGUACCCCAAGCUGAUGGUGAAAAAGAACGGUGUUCCGCCAAUAAUUCAUCCGAUGCAGAUAUCUGAUGGAAAUAGUUCUGUUGCAUUAGCUAAUUGCUACAGUUUAGUCCGACUGUGGCAUCACAGCGCGGCUGGGAGCGAGCAUAUAGUCGCCGAAACGAUUCAGCGAGAGAUGGAGAGACUCGCAAACUAUGAUACAACAAACGCUGAUGAUCUCGACAUCCUCGGUGCUUUUCAGGCGUAUCUUAUCUACUCCAUUAUGGCUACAUUUUUUCCCAUACAAGGAAGCAAUAUAGUCAACGAUGCAACAAUGGUCACACUGCACGAGAUGGCUUUCCGUACCACGCAGGCUGGACUGGUCUCCCGAGCCGAACUCGCUCGCUCUCGGCCAACGUGGGAAUCAUGGAUCAUUGUUUCGGCAAAGCGCAGGGCCGUCUUUGCAUUUUACCUGCUCAGCAGCGUGUACAAUGCGGACAACUAUGUCCCAAGCUUCCUCGCGCAGGAGCUGCGGGAGGUGUAUGUGCCGGAUGCGAAGCGUCUGUGGGAGGCGAGGAGCCGCAGGGAGUGGGAGCGGGAAUAUAGCCAGUAUCUGUCUGAGUGGGAAGAUGGACUUUUGAUGAUAUCGGAGCUUUGGCUGUCGCCGGACACUGGGUCAAAAGGGCGCCGGGAGAGGAUCGAUCGAUGGGUGCAGAGUGCGGACGAGUUUGGCAUGAUGUUAUUUGCUGUCUGCGUUCACCUCCAUGGCUACUAGGCCUGAGUUCCAAUGAAAGCUGAAAUGUUGAACCAAUGG